AAAAGUGAAACUCUAAAGACAGCGCGAGUAUGGAGUUUCAGCUCAAGUCACCAAUGAAACUUGUACUUUUAACAGCAUGGCUCUCGAGUUUGAUGGACCCAUGCAGCUUCCUUGACAUCUGUAAAUCUUGUCACCCAAACGCGUCAUGCUCGGCGCACAACGGAUCCAAUCAUGCCUGCUUCUGCAACAGUGGAUAUACCGGAGACGGGACGAAAUUCUGCAUUGAUGACAACGAGUGCCAGAACGUGACUAACAUCUGUGGGGACUUGGGAAAAUGCACGAACACGGAGGGAAGCUACUACUGUACAUGUGUGCGUGGAUACAAGUCCACAGGCCCCGCCCACUUCCUGCCCAACGACGGCACCCACUGCACCGACAUAGAUGAAUGCUCGUCGGGACAGAUUUGUGGACCCAACUCCCUCUGCCAUAAUACAAAUGGAUCCUUCUAUUGCACCUGUCAGCGUGAUUACAUUCCCACCUCAGGCACCAAGCGCUUUCAUCCUGACAGAGGCGAAUCCUGCGCAGAGCAUCCCCAAAAAUACUGCCAUGACAACAGCGGCUGCAUAACAAAGGCAGUCAACAAAACACUCGAAUAUUUGACUCACCUGAGAGAGCCGGAGAGCGCUCUGCAGGAGAUCGUGAACAAGACGUCGGGUGAGCUCACGCCAGUUGAAGUCAUCGCGUUCGUAGAGGCGCUCAGCUGGUUCACGUCUGCCCUGGGAACCAAAAACACCACCAUAAAACCUUCAGCUAUCAACUCCACCCUCAUUAAAUUAGUGCAUGCUGUGAACAAUUUGGUGGAGAAUGAUGAAGCCGUGGCCUGGAGCAGAAUCAAAGAGGAGCAGCGUGAACACUCCCUGACCAAACUGCUGCACACUGUGGAGGACAGUGUACUGAGGCUGGCCACCGGGUACCACAGACCCACCGAGCUCCAAGUCAAAGCCAGCGACGUGGAGUUAAAACUGGUCACGUUUGAAGCCAAGCAGAGUAAAGCCAAACUGUCUGCCACACUGGGGGGAGAUGAGGUGAAUCUGAUGCCGAAGGUGAAGCCGAAGAAUGAGAGAAAUGGCAGUGUGUCGGUGGUAUUUGUGAGGUACGACAGUGUGAGCUCCCUGCUGAAGCCGUCCUCUGACCCCGGCCUCACGGACUACUCUCGCUACGCAGACUCCGGGGAAAUCACUGUCAACUCUCACGUGGUCGCCGCCGCCAUCCGACCGGCCAGAGUCUACCAGCUGGACCACGUCACCUUCACUCUGCAGCACAAACAGCUAAUAGAUACCAGCGCUGACGUAAGUAAGUGUGUGUUCUGGGAGUACGAGCGGGCCGAUCUGAGGGGCCGCUGGGCCAUGGACGGCUGCACCACCCUCCAUGUCACGCCCAACGCCACCACCUGCUCCUGCACCCACCUCACCCACUUCGCCAUCCUCAUGUCGUCCGGACGCGCCAACCUGGUGGCCCACUACACCGUCCUGACGCGGAUCACUCAGCUGGGCAUGGUGAUCUCGCUCAUUUGUCUGUCCAUGUGCAUCUUCACCUUCUGGUUCUUCAGUGAGAUCCAGAGCACACGUACCACCAUCCACAAGAACCUGUGCUGCAGCCUCUUCAUGGCAGAGUUCAUUUUCCUGGUGGGCAUCAACCUCAACAGCCAUAAGCUGUUCUGCUCGGUGAUUGCAGGGCUCUUACACUAUUUCUUCCUGGCGGCCUUUGCCUGGAUGUGUAUCGAGGGCAUCCAUCUGUACUUAAUCGUGGUGGGUGUCAUCUACAACAAAGGCUUUCUGCACCGCAACUUUUAUGUUUUUGGUUACGGCAGCCCGGCGGUGGUGGUGGCCAUAUCAGCGACAAUGGGAGCCAAAUACUACGGCACAGAUAAAAUGUGUUGGCUAAGCACAGAAAAUCACUUCAUUUGGAGUUUUAUUGGACCAGCAUGCCUGAUCAUUUUGGUGAAUCUGUUGGCUUAUGGGGUGAUCAUGUACAAAGUGUACCAGCACACUGCAGUGAAGAAGCCUGAAGUCAGUCAUUACGAGAACAUCAGGUCGUGUGCUCGCGGCGCUCUGGCUUUACUCUUUAUCCUCGGGGCCACUUGGACAUUUGGAGUUCUGCACAUCGUUCAUGAGACCACACUGACUGCCUAUCUGUUUACUUUCACUAAUGCUUUCCAGGGAAUGUUCAUCUUUAUCUUCCUCUGUGUGCUGUCCCGAAAGAUCCAGGACGAAUACUACCGCCUGUUUAAGAACGUGCCAUGCUGUUUUGAAUGCAUGAGAUGAAACAGAGCCUGAAGACCUUCCAGCAGCACUUGUGCAGAGGAGUCAACACUUGGAGCUCCACAAUAUCCUGUGACUCAUGCUUUCCUUCAGGACAAAAGUGUGGGAGGAGGAGUCGUGUUGUACAGCUCACAAAUAUUAUGUAGCAAUUUACAGUCAUGCUUUAACGACUUCUUUAAGUGCAUGUCUUGUAUCCAUGUCCAACAGAAGUGGAAGAACUAACUAAGAACUAAUAUGUGUAUAAUUUAUCUUUAAGAUGUACCUUGCUCUUUCUUGUUCAAAAAUGUAAAUUAUUUCUAUGGAAAAUAAACUUGGUAAAACGUUGCAUUAUU